AUGAAAGGUGACCGUCGUUUCCGUAUCAACAACUCAGACCUUCCAGUGGAGUUUAAGUCCCAUCAGUGGUUUGGGGCAACCGUACGUUCCCAUGGUAACACUAUCCUGGCAUGUGCUCCUAGAUACUACUGGAGAACUGAACAUGAUGUGCCCUUUUCUGAUGCCACCGGGACCUGCUACCUCUCUGUGGAUGACUUCCACAUGUUUGUGGAGUACGCCCCUUGCAGGACAAGAGACAUGGCCCUGCAGGUCAGGGUUACUGCCAAGGUGGCUUCAGUGCUGACUUCACCAAGGAUGGAAAGGUUGUUCUUGGAGGGCCUGGCAGCUUUUACUGGCAAGUACUGGCAAGGCCAGCUGAUCUCCGCUACCACUGAGGAGAUCAUCAAGGCCUACUACGCCUCCUACUUCCUGCUUUCUGUUACCGGGCAGAUUCAGACCAAGCAGGCGCAGGGGAGUUAUGAUGACAGUUACCUGGGGUACUCCGUGGCUGGAGGAGAGUUCAGCGGGGACCGUGUCGAGGAUUUCAUCACAGGGAUCCCCAAAAGACUCAUGCUAUAUGGUUUAGCCAACGGGCCCUUUCCAAACAAGCAGCCCUGGAUCUCAUUUUGUCUGUAUGCAAUGCUGUGCUGUCAAGUGCUGUGCGUGCCUUGCAUAGUCAUCAGCACGGCUGACCAAGAAGAGAAAGAGAGAAAAAGAAGAAUGGGGUCCUACUUCGGCUACGCGGUGGCAGCCACAGACAUCGACAACAACGGUCUAAUGGACCUGGUGGUGGGCGCUCCCAUGUUCAUGCGGAGCUUGUAUGGGCGUGUUGAGGAGGUGGGCAACGUGUACGUGUACCUCCAGCAAGGGUCCCUGGUGCCCGGCCAGCCUCCAAGCCUGCAGGGGACGCAAGCCUUCGGGAGGUUUGGCAGCUCCCUUGCUCCACUGGGGGAUCUAAACCAGGAUGGCUUCAAUGUUUUGGCUAUGCACUCCGUGGUAACAAAGACCUGGAUCAAAAUGGCUACCCAGGGCUCGGCCUAUAGUGAACGCCAGUGCCUCUCUGCUGGUGCACCCUACUAUGAUCAACCCUGA